GCGCCAGUGCGCGCAGUGAGCUGAGCAGCAUGGCGUCGGUGGCGCUAAGCGAGGCCGAGAAGGUCUACAUCGUUCAUGGAGUGCAGGAAGACCUUCGGGUGGAUGGCCGUGGCUGUGAGGACUACCGGUGUGUCGAGGUGGAGACUGAUGUGGUGUCUAACACCAGUGGGUCUGCCAGAGUCAAGCUGGGUCACACAGACAUCUUGGUGGGAGUGAAAGCAGAAAUGGGGACACCGAAGCUGGAGAAACCAAACGAAGGCUACUUGGAGUUCUUCGUUGACUGUUCAGCCAAUGCUACCCCAGAAUUUGAAGGGCGAGGAGGCGAUGACCUUGGCACAGAGAUUGCUAACACCCUCUACCGGAUAUUUAACAACAAGAGCAGCGUAGAUCUGAGGUCCCUCUGCAUCAGUCCUCGGGAGCACUGCUGGGUUCUGUAUGUGGACGUGCUGCUGCUGGAAUGUGGUGGGAAUUUGUUUGAUGCUAUUUCCAUUGCCGUGAAAGCUGCUCUCUUCAACACAAGGAUACCAAGGGUCCGUGUUCUGGAGGAUGAGGAGGGGGCAAAGGACAUUGAGCUGUCUGAUGAUCCUUACGACUGCAUCCGGCUGAGUGUGGAGAACGUCCCCUGCAUUGUCACCCUGUGCAAGAUUGGCUGCCGGCAUGUGGUGGACGCCACACUUCAGGAGGAGGCCUGUUCCCUGGCCAGCUUGCUGGUGUCGGUGACCAGCAAGGGAGUGGUGACAUGCAUGAGGAAAGUGGGGAAAGGAAGCCUGGAUCCUGAGAGCAUCUUUGAGAUGAUGGAGAGCAGCAAGAGAGUGGGCAAGGUGCUACACAUGUCCUUGCAGAGUCUUCUGCACAAGGAAGAAAGCCUGGGGCCCAAGAGGCCGAAAGUCGGGUUCCUGGGGUGAUCUGUCUUCACUGUGCGGGACAUUGGUUGCUUCACUUUUCUGUUGAGACUGGUUUGUAUAUAUAUUUUUUAUUGUUAAAUUUAAGUCAACAUUUGUAAAUGUAAAAAUAAAGUCUAUUUUUUGGUCUGGU